AUGAAGGCUGUUCGUAACCUGCUGAUUUAUAUAUUUUCCACCUAUCUCCUGGUUAUGUUUGGAUUUAAUGCUGCCCAAGACUUCUGGUGUUCAACUUUGGUGAAGGGAGUCAUUUAUGGAUCCUAUUCUGUAAGUGAAAUGUUUCCCAAAAACUUUACAAACUGCACUUGGACACUGGAAAAUCCAGAUCCAACCAAAUAUAGCAUUUACCUGAAAUUUUCCAAAAAGGACCUUAGCUGCUCUAACUUUUCUCUUCUGGCUUAUCAGUUUGAUCAUUUUUCCCAUGAAAAAAUAAAGGAUCUUUUGAGAAAGAACCAUUCUAUAAUGCAACUCUGCAGUUCCAAGAAUGCUUUUGUUUUUCUACAGUAUGAUAAAAAUUUUAUUCAGAUACGUCGGGUAUUUCCAACUGAUUUUCCGGGAUUACAGAAAAAGGGUGAAGAAGAACAGAAAUCUUUUUUUGAGUUUUUGGUACUGAACAAGGUGAGCCCAAGCCAGUUUGGUUGCCAUGUCUUAUGCACUUGGUUGGAGAGUUGCUUAAAAUCAGAAAAUGGGAGAACAGAGUCUUGUGGAAUCAUGUAUACAAAGUGCACCUGCCCUCAGCAUUUGGGAGAGUGGGGGAUUGAUGACCAGUCACUGGUUUUGUUGAAUAACGUCGUGUUACCCCUGAAUGAGCAGACAGAGGGUUGCCUGACUCAGGAGCUGCAAACUACUCAAGUCUGCAAUCUGACCAGGGAGGCCAAAAGACCACCCAAAGAAGAAUUUGGAAUGAUGGGAGAUCAUACAAUUAAAAGUCAGCGACCUCGAUCUGUCCAUGAGAAAAGGGUCCCUCAGGAACAAGCUGAUGCUGCUAAAUUUAUGGCACAAACUGGUGAAUCUGGUGUGGAAGAGUGGUCCCAGUGGAGCACAUGCUCAGUUACUUGUGGUCAAGGGUCGCAGGUGCGAACCAGAACUUGUGUAUCACCUUACGGGACACACUGCAGCGGCCCAUUAAGAGAAUCAAGGGUUUGCAAUAACACUGCCCUCUGUCCAGUACAUGGAGUUUGGGAGGAAUGGUCACCAUGGAGCUUAUGCUCAUUUACAUGUGGCCGAGGCCAAAGAACACGAACCAGGUCAUGCACACCUCCUCAGUAUGGAGGGAGGCCCUGUGAAGGACCUGAAACACAUCACAAGCCUUGUAAUAUUGCUCUUUGUCCAGUUGAUGGACAGUGGCAGGAAUGGAGUUCAUGGAGCCACUGCUCGGUGACAUGUUCCAAUGGGACACAGCAGAGGAGCCGGCAGUGCACAGCAGCUGCUCAUGGAGGCUCUGAGUGCAGAGGACCAUGGGCAGAAAGCAGAGAGUGCUACAACCCUGAAUGUACAGCCAAUGGUCAGUGGAAUCACUGGGGUCACUGGAGUGGAUGUUCCAAGUCCUGUGAUGGAGGCUGGGAAAGGAGAGUGAGGACUUGUCAGGGUGCAGCUUUCACAGGACAGCAGUGUGAAGGAACAGGGGAAGAAGUGAGAAGGUGCAGUGAGCAGCGGUGCCCAGCACCUUAUGAAAUAUGCCCAGAGGAUUACCUUAUAUCAAUGGUGUGGAAAAGGACUCCUGCAGGCGACCUGGCAUUUAAUCAGUGUCCACUGAAUGCCACAGGCACCACUAGCAGACGCUGCUCUCUCAGUCUUCAUGGAGUGGCCUUCUGGGAACAGCCGAGCUUUGCAAGAUGCAUAUCCAAUGAGUACAGACACUUGCAGCAUUCAAUUAAAGAGCACCUUGCAAAGGGGCAGAGGAUGCUGGCAGGUGAUGGGAUGUCCCAGGUCACCAAGACACUCUUGGAUUUAACCCAGAGGAAAAAUUUCUAUGCAGGUGAUCUUCUUGUGUCUGUGGAAAUCCUCAGAAAUGUGACCGAUACAUUUAAAAGGGCAAGUUACAUCCCUGCAUCUGAUGGUGUCCAGAACUUCUUUCAGAUAGUUAGCAACCUUCUAGAUGAAGAAAACAAGGAGAAAUGGGAAGAUGCACAGCAGAUUUACCCAGGCUCAAUAGAGUUAAUGCAGGUGAUAGAAGAUUUUAUACACAUUGUUGGAAUGGGGAUGAUGGACUUUCAAAAUUCAUACCUAAUGACUGGAAAUGUAGUGGCUAGCAUUCAGAAGCUUCCUGCAGCCUCUGUUCUAACAGACAUCAACUUCCCGAUGAAGGGUCGGAAAGGAAUGGUGGACUGGGCAAGGAAUUCAGAAGAUCGAGUUGUGAUUCCCAAAAGCAUUUUUACUCCCAUGUCAUCAAAAGAAUUUGAUGAAUCAUCUGUAUUUGUUCUUGGAGCAGUCCUAUACAAAAACUUAGACCUAAUUUUGCCCACUUUGAGAAAUUAUACUGUCGUUAAUUCUAAAAUCAUCGUGGUCACAAUCAGGCCUGAACCCAAAACAACUGACUCAUUUUUGGAGAUAGAGCUGGCUCACUUGGCAAAUGGCACUUUGAACCCCUAUUGUGUGUUGUGGGAUGACUCAAAAUCGAACGAGUCUUUGGGAACGUGGUCCACCCAGGGAUGUAAAACUGUGCUUACCGAUGCAUCCCAUACGAAAUGCUUAUGUGAUCGGCUCUCUACCUUCGCCAUUUUGGCUCAGCAACCUAGAGAAAUAGUCAUGGAAUCUUCUGGGACCCCUUCAGUAACUCUAAUCGUAGGCAGUGGCCUCUCCUGCCUUGCCUUGAUCACCCUAGCAGUUGUCUAUGCAGCACUAUGGAGGUACAUCCGCUCUGAAAGGUCCAUAAUUCUAAUUAACUUCUGCCUAUCUAUCAUCUCAUCCAAUAUUCUCAUACUGGUUGGACAGACCCAGACCCACAAUAAGAGCAUCUGUACGACCACCACUGCAUUCUUGCAUUUUUUCUUCCUGGCCUCAUUCUGUUGGGUUUUGACAGAAGCGUGGCAGUCAUACAUGGCUGUAACUGGAAAAAUCAGGACACGGCUCAUAAGGAAACGCUUUCUGUGCCUUGGAUGGGGACUGCCAGCUUUAGUAGUAGCCACGUCUGUAGGCUUCACCAGGACGAAAGGAUAUGGCACAGAUCACUACUGCUGGCUGUCACUUGAAGGAGGACUGCUCUACGCUUUCGUUGGACCUGCAGCCGCUGUUGUACUGGUCAACAUGGUGAUUGGCAUUUUGGUAUUUAAUAAGCUUGUUUCCAGAGAUGGAAUCCUAGAUAAAAAGCUCAAACACAGAGCCGGUCAGAUGAGUGAGCCUCAUAGCGGUUUGACGCUCAAAUGUGCCAAGUGUGGAGUAGUUUCUACAACAGCUUUGUCAGCCACCACCGCCAGUAAUGCCAUGGCCUCACUUUGGAGCUCCUGUGUGGUGCUGCCCCUUCUGGCUCUGACAUGGAUGUCUGCAGUCCUGGCCAUGACAGAUAAACGCUCUAUAUUGUUUCAAAUCCUCUUUGCUGUGUUUGAUUCAUUACAAGGCUUCGUGAUAGUCAUGGUCCAUUGCAUUCUUCGGAGAGAGGUUCAAGAUGCAUUUAGAUGCCGGUUGAGAAACUGCCAGGAUCCAAUCAAUGCUGAUUCUUCAAGUUCCUUUCCUAAUGGACAUGCUCAAAUCAUGACAGACUUUGAAAAGGAUGUAGACAUUGCUUGUCGAUCAGUGCUUCAUAAGGAUAUUGGCCCUUGCCGAGCAGCAACAAUCACAGGAACGCUCUCCAGGAUCUCCCUAAACGACGAUGAGGAAGAAAAGGGAACAAAUCCUGAAGGGCUAAGCUAUUCAACAUUGCCUGGAAAUGUCAUUUCCAAAGUCAUCAUCCAACAGCCCACAGGCCUGCACAUGCCCAUGAGUAUGAAUGAGCUGAGCAGUCAAUGUCUGAAAAAAGAGAACACUGAAUUGCGGAGAACUGUGUACUUAUGCACGGAUGACAACUUAAGAGGGGCUGAUAUGGACAUAGUCCACCCUCAGGAAAGAAUGAUGGAAAGUGACUAUAUUGUGAUGCCUAGAAGUUCUGUAAAUACCCAGCCAUCAAUGAAAGAGGAAAGCAAAAUGAAUAUUGGCAUGGAAACCUUGCCGCAUGAAAGGCUAUUGCACUACAAAGUGAAUCCUGAAUUCAAUAUGAAUCCCCCUGUAAUGGACCAGUUCAAUAUGAACUUAGAUCAGCAUCUUGCACCCCAGGAACAUAUGCAGAAUUUGCCCUUUGAGCCUCGCACAGCAGUGAAGAAUUUCAUGGCCUCUGAACUGGAUGAUAAUGCAGGACUGUCAAGAAGCGAGACCGGAUCAACGAUAUCUAUGAGUUCUCUAGAGAGAAGAAAAUCGAGGUAUUCCGACCUUGACUUCGAGAAGGUCAUGCACACAAGGAAGAGGCACAUGGAAUUGUUUCAGGAACUAAAUCAGAAGUUUCAAACUUUGGACAGAUUUCGGGACAUACCAAAUACAAGCAGUAUGGAGAACCCAGCAGCAAACAAGAACCCCUGGGACACUUUCAAGGCCCCCAGCGAAUACCCACAUUACACCACAAUCAAUGUCUUAGACUCAGAGGCAAAGGAUGCUCUGGAGCUGAGGCCUGCCGAGUGGGAGAAGUGUCUGAAUUUGCCUCUGGACGUGCAAGAGGGUGACUUUCAAACAGAAGUGUAA